AUGUUUCCACCUCAAAUUUAUUGCGUAUCCCAUACAGUGCCUGAUGGAGUAGAUCCCUACUCUGGGAGCCCCGCGAAGGCUCUUCGAUCGCUCUACAUGCACCCAUUCAUCGUUACGGUGGAUAUCACCGGGGCUGCCACCCAUCUCUGGUCUGUUGCAUCAGGGGAAAUGGUUCAUGUUGUUACACUGGAGCCCUCGCUUCCUGCGGACACUGCGGCAGUCGGGUCCGUCGUGGCACAAAUCAGCUCAUCAUUUUUGCUUCUCGUCGCUGUCACUCGCUUCAGCAUUGAUGAGGACACUCAGGAUAUGUGGAGUGUUCUCCGACUGUAUCACUUGGAAACAGGAGCGAUGGUGCAGGACAUCUGUUUGCCACGUGUGGUGUCGUUCAAGCAGCACUCUGACUUGGUUGCCGCCAUGGUUCGGAGGCCAGACUCCACCGCAGAAAUUGUCUUGUACCGUUUAGUAUUGCAGCGGCUCGAAGAAGUCAAACAGUGGUCUUGCAAUGACCAUGGUGUGGCUUUCACACUCUCUAUGUUGCAGAUUCAUGAUGAUGACGCUCUACUCGCUGCCCGUUCCACCUCUUCUUCUGAGCCUCUUGCUCUCACCCUGUUUUCAUCUGGAGAUGGACCAAUCACCACCAUGCUGCCUCCUCCAGACCAACGAGCAGACUGCUGGGAGGUCCAGCAGUCGCAAAGCAUCCCAGGCUCCAGAGUUGCUCUGUCUGUGUGGGAAGCUGACUCGGGCAAUGACUGGCAGUUCGCGGAGCACACUAUCCAUGUCCUGCAAAUACCAUCGCUCUGCAUGGACUGGAGCACACACCUUCCAUUUGAACCCGGCUCUAUCAGUUGCCAUCCUUCUUUAGGAGUCAUGGUGGCUGUCUCCGCCCCCGAGCGGGAGGGGGCUGAGGUUUUUGUCCAUGUCGCUUUCCUCAACCUGGAGAAUGGUGCUGUUAUUCGAGAAGAGUCGAUCUUUUGUGGGGGAGAACGUCCGGUUGUCGUGGGUUGCUCUUCUACAGGCUUACUGGUAAUGGUGACAUAUCGUGGCUCGAUUGUCAUCGAGCCUCUCGAGGACAUCCUGCAGAAGGGAUUUCAGGUCAGAGAAGGAAAAGCUCUUGAAUGCAAUGUUCCAGUCGAUCCUACGGCUUUUUAUGGGGGAGACAUGGAGCGCAUCUUGGAUGAAGACAUCCCGCCGGAGUCGUGUUGGGUCCAUAGUGCCUACAUCGCUCCCGACGCUUGCCGUCUCGUACACAUUGUACCGGACGGCGUAGACGUCACAGUUUAUGAAGGGCCGGGGAGCGCAUUCAAAGCCCUCCGGUCCACCUAUACACAUCGUUACCUCGUCACGGUGGACAUCGCAGGGUUAACUUCACACCUCUGGUCCGUAGGUGCAGAGGGACCAGUCCAGAUGGCUACAAUGACACCGUCCCUGCCUGGAAACCUCACUAGAAACGGGAAUAUGGUUGGACGGAUGGACUCGGCUCCAGUGCUAGUCGUGGGGGCUAGCCGCUUCGACCUAGACAUGGACGAAGAAGAUGAGUGGAGUGUGUUGAGGCUGUAUGAUUUAGAGACAGGAAAGUUGGCUCAGGAUGUCCAGCUGCCCCGCAUGAAGGACUGGAUGCAUCAAGGGGACUACAUGGCUGUGACCAUCCGCAGCUGCUCGGAUGACACCUACCAGGUCGUUGUCCUCCUCAGGCUUAUUUGCGGCACGUUGAGGGAGGUCAGUCGCUUCCGAACUGCGCCAGAACCAGAAAAUUUCCUUCUGCGCGCGGUGGACGAUGAGACUAUCCUCAUGGGUCUUUCCAUCGACUAUGCACUCUCCGACAAUAACGACCUCACUCUGACAAUGCGGUCGCCUGGCAGCGCUCUCAAUAGCAUCGUGUUGUCUGCGAUAGGCGGGCCUUCGGAUUGGCUGCGGAUCGAAGCGGUGGAGGACCUCCCCCUGAAUCCAGGAUAG